AUGGCAUCCGAAACAGAGACCAUGCUGGCCGUAUAUGCGGAAAAGGGGGACGUGGACAACCCUCUUAAAGGCCUCACAGUUGGCCAAGUACCCAUCCCCAGAAUCCCCGAAGGUUGGGUCCGCGUCAAGCUUGAGGCCGCCAGCGUCAACUACCACGAUGUGUUCACUCUCAAGGGCAUCGGCCAUCACCCCAUCACUUUCCCGAGGAUUCUAGGCUGCGAGGGAGUUGGAACUCUCGACGAUGGAUUUCGAGUUGUCAUCUACCCGGUCAUGAUUUCUCCUGGAUACAUUGGCGACGAAACCAAGGAUGCAAAGCGCAAUGUGUUUUCAGAGCUCGUUGACGGCACCAUGGCGGAACACGUUGCUGUCCCCAGAGCCAACGUCUUGCCUCUACCCAAGCAGAUUGACCCUGUAUCGGGCGCUGUGCUUGGAAUCGCGUGGUUGACCGCAUAUCGGAUGCUCUUUACAAAGUCUGGCCUUCGACCUGGACAGACGAUGCUUGUGCAGGGCAGCUCAGGAGGAGUCAGCACCGCUCUGAUCCAGCUUGGUGCGGCUGCUGGCAUGCGCGUGUUCACAACAGGACGCUCUCCUGAGAAGAGGAAGCUUGCAGAAUCGCUGGGUGCGGAGAGAACGUUUGAAUCUGGAGAGACUCUUCUCGAGCAAGUGGACGCCGUGUUCGAUACUAGCGGUGCUGUGACCUGGAAGCAUUCCGUUGCCUCCGUGAAGACGGGCGGCACGAUUGUCAUCUGCGGCGGCCAUAGCGGCUUUGAGUUGCCUACAGAUUCGUUCCGCUUGAUAGUUGACCAGCUCAGCAUUCAUGGCGUCUAUGCCGGGACAAUCGAUGAGUUUCGGAGCCUAGUCUCGUUUGUGGCCGGGAAGAAGAUCAAGCCUUGCAUCGGAAAGGUUCUUCCGCUGUUGGAGGGUGCUGAGGCUAUCAGGCUGGUGUCUGAGGGCAAGACUCAUGGCAAGAUGGUAUUGACCGUCGGUGAUGUGGCUGUGUAA